CAUCUCACCGGCAAACGGCAAAACGAGAAGGCCGUAAAAUUGCCAUCAUGAGAUGUUCUAAUAACUAAGUCUGCAAAGGAUAAAAAGCGCCGGAAUGUCAUGUGCUUGGAGCUUCUCGCUAACCCGCUGCUACGUCACACGCUGAGCUUUUUGGUGUCUUGUGCCAAAAGAGGAGAAUCGAAUCCAUUUGUGUCCAUUCCAGUCAAGUGUUUUUGCGCGGAUGACCACGAAAGACCAGACACAUACGCCUUCUUGACUCUUUUCAAACUUUCCACGACCUUCCAGUCAUACAGUCGGCGAUACCCAUACACCCAUAGAGCGUGUACACCGCGCUCGUGGCCUCUUCUGCCCUCGGCUUGGAGGUGGACAGUGUUCCCACAAUCCACAAUCUCGGCCAUCUACGGCGACUGGCCUGAUUAGUCUCUGAGAGAAAGCCGGUCGCGCUUCGCGCUUUCCUGUACGUCCACAUGUUUCCUUUCCUCCGAGACGCUACCACCACAUUCCUCAAUUACGUCGUCCGCAAUCAUUUGAGCGCGGUUGCGAUACCUUCCGAGCCAUGCGCUCGCUGCCCACAAGGUCAUGGAGACCACUCCUUGUACGAGUCGAACCGUGGAAACGAGCGGGUGUUGUCCGCAUUUCUCCAUCCUGCACCGGCUUCUUCACAUGUCUGUGUGGGAUGCCGGUGUUAUCAACGAUCGUGAUCAUGCGCUUCCCUGACCCCUCCUGAUCGUGUCAUAUCUGCCAGGACAAUUUAUCCACCCUGUUGUUCCUGCUCAUGAAUCUCCUCUGCUGUUUCUUGAUUUUCUUCUCCAGGCAUUGGAGUUGAACAGACUCUGGGACAGUCCGACACCCAUGCCACCUUACUGUUUGCACGACUGCCACUACUUCUACCGCACUGCUCUUCGUUUGCUGAGCGUUGCUACAUUGGUGGCCGCGUUAUACUCAUGAUCAAUUUGUUAACCAUGCCUAUUUCCAUCGCAGGAACCAGGCAUUUCACCCAACCCACCUCUAUCGGCGACGCCUUGAGCAAACCUUCGCCUAAGACUGAACCCAACGGAAUGGGCGCCGAACAUAUUGAACGCGCCCUCGAGGCUGCAAAGGAUGUCAAGGACUCGUAUACAAAAGAAGAGAAGGAACCCCUGAAGAUGUCGACAAAUGAGCAUCACAAACAAGGCAUCACCUUCGCGGCUCAGGACAAACUUCCAAAGUUGCCGAUUCCAGAUCUCGAGUCUACGAUGAAGAGGUAUCUCGAAGCCUUGGCUCCUCUGCAGUCACCUGCUGAACACAACGAGACAAAGGCGGCGGUCCGGGAUUUUCUUGAAAACGACGGCAAAGAAUUGCAAGAGAAGCUGAAAAAGUAUGCCACGGGCAGAACCAGUUAUAUCGAGCAAUUUUGGUAUGACUCGUAUUUGAAUUUUGACAACCCGGUCGUGUUGAACUUGAACCCUUUCUUCCUUCUGGAAGACGAUCCGACUCCGGCACGCAACAACCAAGUGACCAGAGCAGCCUCCCUGGUCAUCUCGGCCCUUUGCUUUGUCAGAGCCGUGCGGAAAGAAGAACUGCCCCCCGACACCUUGAGAGGCACUCCUUUGGACAUGUACCAGUAUUCACGGCUGUUUGGCACUGCUCGAGUCCCAACGGACAAUGGGUGUGUCAUCGGGCAGGACUCAGACUCCAAGCACGUGGUGGUCAUGUGUCGAGGCCAGCUCUAUUGGUUUGAUGUGCUCGACGACAACAACGACCUGAUCAUGACUGAGAAAGAUCUUGCGAUCAAUCUACAAGUCAUUGUCAACGAUGCAGAAGAGACGCCUAUCCAUGAAGCUGCCAAAGGUGCUCUUGGAGUCCUGAGUACCGAGAACAGAAAGAUCUGGUCCGGCUUGAGAGAUCUCUUAACGCGGGAUGAAGGAUCGAAUAAUGCAGACUGUCUUGCGAUCGUGGACUCGGCCUUGUUCGUGAUUUGUCUAGACUACACCGAGCCGGCCGACGUCUCGCAACUGUGCGGCAACAUGCUGUGCGGGACGAACGAAGUGGUUCGCGGUGUUCAAGUCGGCACAUGCACCAACCGGUGGUACGACAAACUGCAAAUCAUCGUUUGCAAGAAUGGUAGCGCCGGCAUCAACUUUGAGCAUACAGGUGUGGACGGUCACACCGUCCUUCGCUUCGCCAGUGAUGUCUACACUGAUACAAUUCUCAGAUACGCAAAGUCCAUCAAUGGCCAGGCACCAACCUUGUGGACCAGCCAAAGUCCUGACCCUUCGAAGCGCGACCCCGAAAGCUUCGGGGAUGUUAGGACCACGCCUCACAAGUUGGAAUGGGACAUGAUUCCGGAACUGUCAAUCGCUCUUCGCUUCGCGGAGACCCGGUUGGCUGAUCUCAUCAAUCAGAAUGAGUUCCAGACUUUGGACUUUUCCGGGUAUGGCAAGAACUUCAUCACCUCCAUGGGCUUCUCACCCGACGCCUUUGUCCAGAUGGCCUUCCAAGCUGCAUACUACGGUCUUUACGGAAGGGUGGAAAAUACGUACGAGCCCGCCAUGACCAAGAUGUUCUUCCACGGUCGAACGGAAGCCAUUCGAUCUGUGACCCCUGAGAGUGUGGAAUUUGUUCAGACGUUCUGGGCGGACAACACGCCUCAAAAGAAGAUCGACGCCUUGAAGACUGCCUGCCAAAAGCAUACAGCCAUCACAAAAGAGUCGAGCAAAGCUCAGGGUCAGGAUCGACAUCUCUAUGCCCUCUACUGUGUAUGGCAGCGCAAAGUCAAUGACGAGGGAGCAGAAGCUGCGAGCAACGCCGGCUUCAGUUCCAAUGGUUACUCAAGUCCCACCGAUUUUAGCGAUGCAGGUAGCCCAAGGAGACUGGACGAGUCGCCCAUCAGCCACACUCGUUCACGCGCAGAUACCGACUCUAGCCGUUCCCCGGCUCCCCAACUUCAUCAAAUGCCCGCGCUCUUCAGCGAUGCUGGGUGGGAGAAGAUCAACAACACAAUCCUCAGCACCUCCAACUGCGGCAAUCCCUCCCUGCGCCACUUUGGCUUUGGUCCUGUUUCGGGGGAUGGUUUUGGUAUAGGAUAUAUUAUCAAGGACGACUGCAUUUCGGUGUGUGCAAGCAGCAAACAUCGCCAAACCAAACGUUUUGUAGACAGCCUCGAAUCUUAUUUGAACGAAAUUCGCCGGCUACUGAAAGCUACGAGACCAAGAGCGGUUUCUGCGGGCAAACUUACCCGAGCCAGGGAAGCAGAAGAGAAGGCUGGCAGAGAUGGUAGACUGAAGUCUAGGGGCCGUGUCAUCAAAACUGAGGCCACGAAGAUUGAUGGGACCCAGACGCCCGCCAGCAUGGACACGGCUGAAGCGGACGAUGAUGGCUUGGGUGGAUAUGGCUUCUUCGAUGCCGGCAUGUUACUGCAAGCAUUGAAAAAGGAACAGCCGAAACCCGCAGCUCAACUCGCUCAGAAGAAAAGGACUGUGGGCAAGAAGCUCGCCUUGACGGAAUACUGAUUGGUCUCUGGAGGCGAGCAUGCCACGCGUGGGUGUGGCGGGUCUGUGUGUGAUGGCGAGGUUGACCAUGUGCAACGAGAGGACGGUCUACCCCGGACGAGGAUGGAAAUGUGGCAUGGGGAAGAUGAAAUAUGCAUCUGAGGUCUCUCAGCGUCUGUGCGAUGAUUCGCAUGAUCCCCCUCCAAGCCAACCGGCCGCCGUUCGUGCCUGGAUCGACUGCCGAACCAAUGGCUCACUAGGCUGGGGAGGGAGCUGCAGGAUGACACAAGAUACGGCCGAUGGUUUGGAUGUCUCAUGUACCUACGUAAGUACCAGGUAGAUACCAUAGUGCACUGGUUCGGAAGUUACGAGCUUGCGUCUGUAUGCUAUAUUUGUACAUAGUCGACAUAUAACAAGUCUGGAUCUGUUAAUA